UGAAAAUCUAGCUAUAGAUGGAUCUCUAGAAGUCAAUGGCUUUGAUUUCACCAUCUCUGAGCCUCAUGAUUUGAAGAAAUUAAGCAUUUAAGCAUAGAUUUGGACAAUGCAGAUGAUCUUCAUAAUUGGCUUGCUCUGUGCCUCCUUUUGAUAGUUUGAGCAAAUUGAGGCUGGUUCAUUCUAGGAGCUCUUACUGGUGGAGAACUUUAAUGAGGUUGCUAGAGAGAUCACCUAACCUAGAGUGUCUUGCAAUAGACGACUGCUCUUAUCAAACUCGAAGACAGCUGGAAGAGGAGGUGAUUGAACAUGCUGACAAAGGAGCAGAGGUGAUUGAACAAGCUGAGAAUGGGCCGGAGGUGAUUGAACGAGCUGAGAAUGGACUGGAGGUGAUUGAUCUUAGAGAGCAAAUAGCAGCACUAGUACGUACUCUGAACUGGGUUCCACCAGAUUCUAUUCCCAAAUGUUUGCCGUCACACCUGAAGACCAUCUCCAUUAACGGAUUCUAUGGAAAGGGAACGAUUGGAUAUCUGGAUGAGAUGGAGUUGAUCAAGUAUUUAUUAAAGAAUGGUAGAGUUUUGGAGAAGAUGACUAUUUAUACUCCUGGUCUACAUAGGGGUACAAAAGAGGAGUUCUUCGAUGAACUUUCAAUGUUUGAAUGGGGUUCAAAGACUGUUCAAGUUGAAAUGAUCGAGGAGAUAUCUUAUCAGUGAAUGCUAUGGGAUAUAAGGUACAAAAGCGACUUCGCAAAGUUUAGUCAUCUACGAGUUCGCUUUUGAUUCUUGUCAUUUUGUAGAGACCACAAUUUCCAGAGAUAACUUGAAACAAAACUUGGAUUUGUUACCAUUAUCUUGUUUACAGAGUUUCCUUUCUUAAAACAUCAU